AUUGGUACCAUAUUAUGAUCGUGAUAGACUUCUGAUAAGGCAUACUUUAGUUUAAUGACACAGUCUGAAGAUAACGGAGCAGUGGCGACAAUCUGGGCGCAUUGAAUUACACAUCAACUACAAUGCUAUUUUUAACAAUUUCCAUUCUCCUGGUAUUCGAUUCAGCAUGGGGCUCAAUUCCCAACAACACAGGCUGUGGGGUGCCGUUCUACGCACCAGACUCACCGGUGAAGAGAGUGGUGGGAGGGGAUCAAGUGGCCCCCAAUAGUUGGCCGUGGAUGGCGCUGCUGAAGUUUGAUGGUCGUUUAACUUGUGGGGGUACGGUGGUGCGAAACAAUAACAACACCAUGGUUAUUAUCACCUCGGCCGCCUGUGUGGAUGGGAGCCUGGCUGAUGAAAGUCGUUGGCAAGUUCGCCUCGGUGUGUUUAGUCGAGCGAGUUCAAUAUUUGAACCUUACUACCAGGAGUUUAAAGUGAAGAAAAUCAUACAGCAUCCAGCGUUUUUGGCGAGCAGUUUGAAUAAUGAUAUUGCUCUUAUGUUUGUCGACGGUGUCAUUCAGGAGACAAAUGGUGUCAGUCCAGCGUGUGUUACACAGGAAAUGUACAAGGCAGGGGAAAAUUGCGUGACACUCGGAUGGGGAGUCAUUGCACACGGUUCAACAGAUACUUCAGAUAGACUUCAACAAGUAUUCAAGCCCAUUUUAAGCGCCGAUAUUUGUUCUCAGCAGCUAGGCGUCUUGUUUGACAGAACCACCAUGCUGUGUGCUGGGAAGGACGCGGGCGGAGUCGGAGCCUGCAAUAGAGACACUGGAGGCCCUCUCCUUUGUAAGAGGAAUGAUAAAUGGUACCUCACCGGUCUCGUCAGUUGGGGUUUCGGCUGUGGACAACCUGGAAGUCCACCAGUAUACACGCACGUGUUUGAAUAUGUCACUUCCGGCUGGCUUAACAUUAAUGGCGACAUUUAACGUGUAACAAAAAGAAAAAGAAAAAGAAAUUAAAAUAAAAAAUCACAAGCUCAUUAA